AUGUCCGAGAACCAAGAUUUCUAUCUCCGUGAUGAAGGCAUACCCAUGCAGGCGAGUAUUCUACUCGACGAGUUGCAGUCGGCCGCUGGAGAGCAUGAUGUCCUGAGGCGCGCGAGUGAUUCUGGAGACUGGCCGACUGACCUCGGCGGGGACGAUAUCGAUCUGCAAGGCCUCGAAAAUCCACCACUGGCCGAUCUAGCAAUCUCGUUUCCGAUCAACGAUUUCGUGUACGACACAGACGAUUCAGAACAGGAUGGAGCCGCAGUGGCGGCCGGGAGCUCCGCUGAAGGGAGAGAUGGAUUGUCAACACCGCAGCCGGGCGCUCAAGACGCUGACGUGACCGACCAUGCCGGAGUCAUCGGCACUGGGCGCAUGAUCCGUCAGAAACCACGGAGAGGGCCACCCAAGCGCCAAGUGACAAGUGCACCUCCCACCCGAGAAGACAAGGACAAGGCGUGGCUCAAGGCUAUGGCGGAAGCGGUGGCAAGCCACAACGAUUUGAGCGACCAUCCGACCAGACUUGACACAUUUCUGAGCCACGUCGCUACCAAGUCGUCGCUCGCUGAGGUCGAUGCAGCGAUGGGAUACAGCGCCGGAACCUGCCUCACACUCCUCAGAUGGAAUGCCGAACAACAUGCCGAGUGUGAGGGUAACGCGAGCCUGGUGGAAAAGGACAGGCGGGACCUGAGGGCGUUCAAGGGCUUCUUUGAUGCCUUGAUGACUGACGGAGCCUCACACGAGUCGAUACUCACGGCGACAAUCACGGCGGAUCGCUUCCGCCUGAAGCAGCCGAACACGCACUACAAGAUCCAAGGUCGUUUAUGGAGCUACGCGCAUCCGGACGUACAGCGCGAGCGUCUGCCUCAUUAUCACCCUGGGGACAGUGCUGGUGCUGUUGGACCACGAACCAAGAAAGAGAUGGAAAUGAAUUCCGCCAAAUGGGCUGUCUUCGGAGACUUGAAACCUCCUAUCAAGCGCCGAGAACCUCACAUCGUUUCCGCUGGUGCAGCUUCCAACAUCACCGUGGCCGCUGUGGGUGAUCCCUUCAUCCUGUUCUGCACUGAAGAUCCUGAUAUGACUGAGACUACGUCGACCAAUGCUGAGGAUUCCGACGGGAUGCCUGAUGGUGCUUUCGACGCGCUGAUGAGUGCUACACCCGGAGGCGACGACGAUUCCCCGGAUGUCGCCAUGACGGACCUAGACUUCUCUAACCCACUACUGUGA